GAAGUCUGGCUGUGCGGUGAUGAAGCUACGGUAGCGGGUUACAGGGAAGCAUGGACGAGGCAGAAGGGAACUCGGAAGAGUCUGGGCUGAUAAAGCAGCACCGCAAGGAGAAGAAAGACCUGCAGGCCAAAAUACAGAGCAUGAAGAAUUCUGUGCCCAAGAAUGACAAAAAGAGAAGGAAACAGCUGACCGAAGAUAUUGCUAAGCUGGAAGCGGACCUUGAUGUGAGACACAAAGAAGAGCUGGAAGCCUUUGCACAGAAGCAACCUGAACCAACCCAAGUGAGCGGCAUUACAAAUGGCGUGACCAGUUUAGAUUUGGGAAAUGAGGCUCCAGUCCAGCAACCACGUCAAUCCAAGGCACAGAAGAGGCGGGAAAAAAAGGCUGCCCAGGAGAAGGAAAGAGAUGAACGCAUUGCUGAGGCAGAAAUAGCCAAUUUGUCAGGAGCCAGGCACCUUGAAAGCCAGAAACUUGCCCGGAUUUUGGCAGAGAGGGAGCUGCAGAUCAGGCAGAUCCCCUCUGAUGGACACUGCAUGUACAGAGCUAUUGAACACCAGCUGAGAGAGCGAGGUAACGACCUCACUGUUGCAAAUCUUAGGAGCCAAACUGCAGACUACAUGCAAAAUCAUGCUGAAGAUUUCCUGCCAUUCUUAACAAACUCAUCAACUGGAGAUAUGUACACACAGGAAGAGUUUCUGAAAUACUGCACUGACAUAGUGAAUACACCAGCAUGGGGUGGCCAGUUAGAGCUUCGAGCCCUAUCUCAUAUUCUGAAGACAGCUAUAGAAGUAAUCCAGGCAGAAUCGUCACCUAUUGUCAUUGGCGAAGAAUACUCCAGCAAAGCGAUCACCUUAGUAUAUAUGCGACAUGCGUAUGGACUGGGGGAGCAUUAUAACUCUGUGGAACUCCUGGACACAAGUACAGAGAACAGCUAGUUGUACAUCACAUUAUCCAUGACCUUAAGGACAUUGAUCUCUAAUAAAGAAGAUUAAUUCAUGAUAUCUUCAUCAUCUGCCAUUUCCCAUUGUAUGAAAAACUCUGGUGGUGUGCUGUUACUUGCAAUACAAUAAAAUCACCAACAGUU